AUGUCUUCUCCUUAUCAUGUCCCUCUAGUCAUUCAUGGCGAGGAGGAUCCUGGCCAGAGCUCCUUUGAGGUCAUUAGUUCGUACACAAACGAUAAAUGUUGGACAGCUGCAUCUGCGACCCCGGACGAUGCCAUCUGUGCCGUUGAGUCUGCCCAGCGUGCGUUUCCGGAAUGGUCGGCUACCAAGCCAACUGUGAGAAGAGACAUUCUUCUCAAAACCGCAGAUGUUUUGGAGUCGCGGCUCGAGGAAAAUGCCGAGUUCAUGCGGGUCGAGAUGGGUGCUGAUGUUAUCUCUUCCAGUGGGUUUGUUGUCCCGCUGUCUAUUAAGAUGCUACGUGAUGCUGCUUCUCGAAUAUCUUCCAUCUGCGGUCACGUUCCGGUCGUAGAAGCAGAGGGGCAAAGCGCCAUUGUGUAUAGAGAGCCCAUGGGGGUAAUCUUGGGCAUCGUUCCGUGGAAUGCACCGUAUGUAUUCGCUAUCCGCGCCGCCGCAUGUGCUCUGGCAGGAGGAAAUACUACCGUUAUCAAAUCAUCUGAACAGACGCCUCGCUGCUACUAUGCCGUGGCACGCGCCUUUCUCGAUGCCGGGCUGCCAGCGGGAUGCUUCAAUCUGGUUUCAACCAGACCUCAAGAUGCACCUGCCGUGGUGAACGCCAUGAUAGAGCACCCGGCCAUCCGCAAGGUUAAUUUCACGGGGAGUACGGCCGUUGGUCGAAAAGUGGCAGCCCUUUGUGGACAGAAUCUCAAGCCGUGCCUGAUGGAACUCGGAGGCAAAAACUGCGCUAUUGUGUGCGAAGAUGCCAACCUUCAGACCGCAGCUCAGGGGGUCAUGUUCGGCGCUUUUAUCAAUUCAGGCCAAAUCUGUAUGUCAACCGACCGCAUUAUACUGCACUCUUCCAUUGCCAAGGAUUUCAACGACGUCUUGAAGAAGAGUUUCGAAAAUGCCCCGUUGGACUCAGAGCCGACCCUGGUAAGCAUGACCGCAAAAAAGCGUAUAAGCGAUUUGAUAUCCGGCGCGCUAUCAGCUGGAGCAGAGGUCGCCCAUGGAUCGUUCAAUGGUGAUAUCAAACCGGACGAGACAAGUGUGCGCAUGGCACCCGUAAUACUCGGAAAUGUCAAGGAAGAUAUGCCCGUCUGGCAAGAGGAGUCAUUUGCUUCGUUUGCGGCAUACAUGGUCGUUGACAGCGACGAGGAAGCCAUUCGGUUGGCCAAUUCAGGUGACUAUGGUCUAUCAGCAGCUAUUUUUACCGAGGAUCUUCGCAAGGGACUUGCAAUGGCCAAGAAGAUCCAGUCGGGGGCGGUACACAUCAACAGCAUGACUGUUCAUGAUGAAGCAGCCCUUCCCCAUGGCGGUGUCAAGAGUAGCGGCUGGGGUCGCUUCAACACGGACGAAGGCGUGAAGGAGUUUAUGGUCACCAAAAGUGUCACAUGGAUGGAUUGA